AUGGGGAUCAUGACCGAAGAUGACGUUAUAAAAGCAAGUGGUGAAAGUCUCAUUUCUUGCUUAAUGACGGCUAGCGAUAUUUACAUCCACAUUCGCUCCUUACAAACCGGCCAAAUAGAGCAGAAAAGCCUGCUCAAGAAGACACGGCCAGCUGGGGGCAUCUAUAUCGGCGCUCCAAUAUCCAUCCGAUGCGAGCUAGAGCCGGGAAGAUAUGGGUGGAGCUCGGAUACUCACAUCGCAGAGUUCAAGGCUUGUUUUGGCGGAAGAUAUAGCAUCACAGCUGGACCUGGAGCCAAUACAUACGUAUUUUCGACGACUCCAAUCAAGGCUUCAUUCGACGUCGAAUAUGAUGGGCUUUGGUACGAUUCGAGAGUUACGCUACUGGACGAAGAUGAGAUCGAGUUUGUCGACUGGGACCAGAUCGCACCACGAGCCGGGCCCGACACUCCAGUUGAAGAUAGCAAAAGUGAUAGUAGUGACGACUAUGGCGGCUUGUUUUCGGAGCAGAUGUUGGAAAGCCUUGGAAAAGGCACCCGAAGACUAUGGCGACCAUGGAAGAAAGACAAUACCAAAUAUCGGCCGUUUCGCUGUUUACACAUAGGAGACUCUAUCAACGCACCCGUCAUGUAUCCCGAUUUCCGAUUCCGCUAUCAUACGACUGAAAUCUCACAGCUAUAUUUGCCUGCGCGGAUUGUUGACGUGCAAGGCGAUCAGUAUGUGGUUGAAUUCAGCCCGGCAGUAUGUACCUGUGCGUGGUGGCCAGGGCGCUUAGAAAAGGGCACAUCAGUAGAGUUAAUCCCGGGGUCAGGUAUACACGCGGACAACCCGUACGAACUCAGCCGCACGACCUUGGCCAUGAACCUGGUGCGCCCUUUGUCCACCGGCCCGCGACCAGUUUUGGGCAAGCAGUCUGGGAAGCCGCCUGGAUAG